AUGGAACAUGGACAAAAUUAUGCCGAAUAUGAAGAAACUGGUACAUCAUUUACUACGAGAGGGAAUGGAAGAGCCGUAUCCAAUUCAGAGCAUUGUCCUGUCAAGCGUGUGAAUGUACCGACAAGUACGGGACGUAUUAUGGAUCGUAAGGACGCGCUGUUCCAACGCUCUAAGGGUCAAUGGAACAUUCGUCGUCACAAAGUACCUCAUUAUUGGAAACUUUAUAUGCAGGACCCAUUCCAUACUGUUGUAAAUCUACGGCUUAGUAAAGUACUUGGAUCGCUUGUUUUUGCAUAUAUCUUCGUGAUCGUCGUGUUUGGUGCUCUGUACAUGACACCACCGGAUCAGUGUAAAAUGGCUAUAUUCUCGUUUUUCGAUGGUUUCUCCUUCUCUGUGUCGGUACUUUUCACGAUUGGUUUUGGUACCAAUGGUGGCGAUGUUUUCUUUGGCGACUGUGUCUGGGUACAGACGAUUAUCACGCUCGAGUCUUUUUGCGGCAUUUUACUAGAUGCACUGGCCAUUGGAAUUAUUUUCCAGCGCUUUUCGCGUGCUCAGGCGCGUGCAAACACCAUUGUAAUGAGCACCCAUGCCUGUGCGCGUCGAAUUCGUGGUGACCUCUACUUCAUGUUUCAAGUGUGUGAGAUGCGCAAACAUCAGCUCGUGGAAGCACAUGUGCGUAUGUAUGCAAUCCGACACGACGUGGAGUUUGGCGAGCGGUACUACUUUCAGUCGUACCCGAUGCGCAUCCAGCAUCCAGAUGACGAUCUUGGUGGCAUGCUGCUGCUAGCGCUUCCUUCGGUAGUCGUGCACCGGAUGGAUGCAUGGAGUCCGUUGCUGCGGCCAACGAGUGCUGAUGCCUGCGCUCUCCACCACAAUCCCGCUAGAGGCUAUCUGUUUCCAGAGCCUCUAUGCCGCGCGGCCGAUGCCCAAAGUGGAGACCGCGACGGCACUGUGCAAGUCAAACCAACCACAACUUUGACCCAUAACGCAUGUCGUUGCACGGCUAGCAAUGGUGUUGCGGAUGAUGCACAGAGUGCAACGCAGGCGCUGACAAUCGAAGAGAUCAAGCAGUAUUGGGCCGAGUCUCAGCUUGAGGUGGUGGUGCUUGUUGAAGGCAUUGAUGCCGUCACGUCGGCAACGAUCCAGGUACGGCAUUCAUACAAGGCGGAGGACAUUAGAUUUAACCACCGCCAUGUGAAUUGCGUGGAUGUGGAUCCGGAUACUGGUGGUGCUGUGAUUGACUUUCGUCGCUUUCACGAGACGAAGGCAGUGGAUCCUGAAUGCGAUAAGGUUGCUGGCAGCUUUUACUAA